AUGAAUGACUUAUUCGAUCCAGACCCAAUACCACCACGAGCGCCACCCCUGGCAGCGGCAACGGCGGCGGCGGGGAAGUCAGAUCCUCGCAUCAUCCAUGCCCAAGCCAUCAAAUCUCCGGCCACCGAUCGUUCUGUUUACAACAAUCUGAUAACUCUCUACGGCAAAGCAAACUUGCUGCACUAUUCCGUUCGUCUUUUCGAUCAAAUCCCAUUGCCCAAUGUUGUCUCUUGGACUGCACUCAUAUCUGCUCAUUCCAACACGUUUCUGGCUCUUCGCCAUUUUGUUUCUAUGCUCCGAUACCCAUCUUUCCCUAACCAACGGACAUUAGCUUCUCUUUUCAAGACCUGCGCUUCGCUCCCUUGCGUCUCUUUUGGGCUUUCCCUUCACUCCCUUGCCCACAAACUCUCACUCUGCAGUGAACCCUUCUGUGGCUCUGCGCUUGUGAAUUUCUACUCCAAAUCUCAUUUGUUCGAUGACGCCCGUAAGGUGUUCGAUGAAAUUUCUGACACAGACGAGGUUUGCUAUUCUGCCCUCGUCGUUGGUCUGGCACAGAAUGCUCAAUCCAUUGAUGCAUUAUCAAUGUUUAGAGAGAUGAAAGCUUCUGAAGUUGCGUCGACGAUGUACAGUGUCUCUGGUGCCCUUCGUGCUGCGGCUGAUCUUGCUGCGCUGGAGCAAUGCAGGGUUUUACAUGGCCAUGCUGUGUCUACCGGAUUGGAUACUGAUGUGAUUGUUCAAACAGCUCUGAUUGAUGGGUAUGGGAAAUCGGGGCUGAUAAUUGAUGCACGGCAGGUGUUCGAGGAAAGUUUGGGAUGUAUGAAUGUUGUGGGGUGGAAUGCGAUGUUGGCAAGUUAUGCACAGCAGGGAGAUAAGAAUUCUACGCUUGAGCUAUUCAAUUCAAUGGGAUCUUUUGGGCUGUGUCCUGAUGAGUACACCUUCUUAGCCAUUCUAACAUCAUAUUGCAAUUCACGUCUAGUUGGUGAGAUUGAACUGUGGCUGAGAAGGAUGAGAGUGGAGUAUGGAGUGCAACCUACCCUAGAGCAUUUUACUUGUCUGAUAGAUGCAAUGGGGAGAGAUGGGAAGUUAGAAGAAGCUGAGAGGAUAGCCAUGACAAUGCCUUUUGUGCCAGAUGCUGCAGUUUGGCGUGCAUUGCUAUCGAGCUCCGCAAGCCAUGGAGCAGGCGAUAUGGCAUGGGCCAUGGCAAAACGGUUACUCGAGCUUAACCCGCACGACGACUCGGCUUAUGUGAUUGUUGCUAAUGCUCUAUCUUCUACAGCAAGAUGGGAGGAAGUGGCAAUAGUGCGGAAGAUGAUGAAAGAGAGGCAGGUGAAGAAGAAAAGUGGGAGGAGUUGGAUUGAAGUGAGAGGGGAAGUUCAUGUGUUUUUAGCAGGGGACAGAAACCAUGAAAGGACGGAGGAAAUCUAUGCAAAGCUAAGAAACUUGAUUUGGGAGAUAGAAAAGCUUGGGUAUGUCCCAAUUUGGGCUGAGAUGCUUCAUGAAGUAGGGGAAAAGGAAAAGAAGGAAGCACUUUGGUAUCACAGUGAGAAAUUGGCGCUGGCUUAUGGGGUGCUGGUCGGGGCGGCACCACCUGGAAAAGCUCUACGAAUUGUAAAGAAUCUAAGAAUAUGCAGAGAUUGUCAUCAAGUUUUCAAGUAUGCAAGUAGGGUGCUGCGGAGGGAGAUUGUAGUUAGAGAUGUAAAUAGAUACCAUAGAUUUCUAAAUGGUAGCUGCACCUGUGGUGACAUCUGGUAA